AUGGAACCUGAAAGCUUUGAAGCAGCUGUAAAGGAAAAAGAAUGGGUAAAAGCCAUGGAGGAAGAAAUCAGAAUGAUCGAGAAGAAUAAAACUUGGGAGUUGGUCGAUCCACCAAAUAACAAGGAAGUCAUUGGAGUUAAGUGUGUUUACAAGACGAAGCUUAACCCAGAUGGAUCAAUCCAAAAACAUAAAGCACGGCUGGUCGCUAAAGGACGCAUCCACAUACCGAAGCCUGAUUGGAAGCCUACUGUAUCUAACGGCCAAAAGACUAGAUAUCAUGUACGCGACAAGUCUAUUGUCGAGAUUCAUGCAAAGUCCGAGCCAAGUUCACUAUGGAGCCGCGAAAAGAAUACUGCGAUAUUUGCAGGGUACUAA